GAAUGGUGGUUGUACGAUUCCUGGAGUCUGAGGCUACGCUUCAAGGGAUAGUAGGAAAAGUGCAAGAUGCCAUUGGUAAUUACAACCCAAUAAUUUUGACAGAUGCACAGGGCAAUGCAAUUCUGGAGUCGGAGGGCACAACAGGGUCACAGUACUGGAGACAAAAUGCACGAAAAAUUCUUGCUGUGCCUGAACAAGACUUUAAUUGCCUCCAGGGAACAAAGAGGAAGAAACUGAGCAGCCGUAAAGAUGAUGACAGUGCCAGUUUGGGAGAAGUGAGUGACAAAAUAGAAGAGUUGGUGUUGGCAUCUCAAAGUCUGCCAGCUGUCACAGCAGCAAUCAAAGAGCUCACUGAUCUUGCAGUUGCCCAGAAAGUCACAACCCCCAAGCUGCAGACACUCAAGGAGGGAUUUAGCUGCGUGGUUUGUAUGAACAUCAUUGAGGAUCCAGUGUUCUCACUGUGCUGCAGAAGCAUUAUUGGCUGCAAGACAUGUGUGGAACAGUGGCAAGAGACAUCACAGCACUGUGCAAAAUGCAGGGAGAGUAACAACGGAGUUCUACAAAUUACUGGUCUAACAGCUGCAUUUUCUGUAUUGAAAUCUUUUUUUGCAGAGGAGUAAUGUAGUGUGUACACACAAAUGUUUACAGUCAGUUGAUUUUUUUUUUUGUCUGUUCUGUACAGUUUACAGAUGCAGUGGUUCAUACAUUUCUCUGAGUUAUGUUUAUGAGACAGAGCAGAGCUUCUUUGUAUGGCAUAAAGUCACCAUUUACGGCUCUAAAAAACAAAUGUGAAAUAUCAGGAUAUUUUUCUGCAAAAUGACUCUCUGUUCUAAGUUUGUCCUGUUCGGUUGUGAAGGGAUCAACUCCAAAAGUCGAAUAUUCUUUGAGUGCAGAUCCCAAGUGCUGCCUGUAAAGGUCUGCUGCUUCAAGUGCAUUUGGCAAGAGCUCUGGAGAAAUUCUUCUUUUACACCCAUGUUCUGCAAAGUGAUUUGGUAUGCCUUUUCCUGUAAAAAAUAGAGGAGGUGUUUAAAUGUUCAUUAUCAGGGUUGUAAGCAAUCUGACUUUUUUUUUUUUUUUUUUUUACCUGGGAUUCUAUGAGCAUUCCAUGAUUCUACCACACUUGCAAGACCAAUGUUACACAGCUGACAGGUUAGAUUGGACACACAGUAUCGCACAAGGUUAUCCUCCAUAUCUAUCUCCUCCUGGUCCAUCAGCUGGAGUAGGGCAGUUUUUAGUGGGUAGUUGACACGGUUGUUGAUUUCAGGCCAAAUCCUUUCAACUGUGUGGUUCUAAAAGAGUUAAAAGAAACAUGUCUUAAAUGUACGUAGUAGUACACGUAAUAGUAUAAGAAUUUCAGCUGAUGUUAAUGGUACUUAAAUCUUACUCUUGUGGAUGAGGUCUGUAAAUAAGGCAGUCUCUCCUGAUUGAAGCGAUGAUGUGACAGCAUCUCUUGCAUGAACAGUGUUAAAUAAAAUUCCUUUCCAUGGUCUACUCGCACCUGGUCCCACAUACCAUAGGUGAUCACUGCAGGUCUGGUACAGGAAAAAUAAAGAACAUUUAUUAACUAUUUUGCUUUAAGACCAGCAAAGGUGUUAUUAUUUUGAAUGUAUUCAUUCAUGUUUUUUUUGGGUAAUAUUUUAGUUGUAGUAGGACAACAUAUAUUUCUUAAGUUUCUUUGCAAUGUCACUGUCAUGCUCAGACUUUAGAUGUAUGUCAGAACAAUUGAAAGAUAUGUGGAAAUCCAAGAACCUUGUUCCAUUCAUAAAUGAACACUGAUUAAUUGCAAUAAAGUAGUUAAAUGAUU